CGGCGAGUAGGGAAGGCCAGUAGAAGUAGUGGGAGAUGGUGUCAAAGGUUUUUUAGAAACCGAGAUGCCCUGCGGUCUUGGCGUCGUGGUGCUCGGCCAAGAGCUGAGUACGGAGGCCUCGUGCGUCGGGGAUGCAAAGUCGGCGAGUGCCUUUGGUAUCGAUGUAGAGGAGGUUGUUGUGGAGGGAGUAGUCGGGAACUGGGUCAAGAUCGCGGAGUUUGUUGUAAAUGCGGGCUUGGCGUGGAGUGAUAUCUUUCUUGGAGAGGACGGAGGAGACGAUGGUGUUGUCAGUGCGGAUGGUGAAGUAUUGCCCGUCGAGGUAUGGGCGCCAGACUGUGAGGGUGUGAAUCACGACGAGGAGUUCCUUCUCGUUGGAGGGGUAAUUCAUCUCUGCGGGAAGGAGCUUCUUGCUUGCGAAGGCGAUGGGGUAUUCGCCAGGUGGAGCCUCGGGGUGAGUGGGCGAGUCCUUGAUGGAGGGGGUCUCGGCGGUGUCGCGGGGGAAAUGUUGGCACAGUACGGCUCCGAUGGCGAAGUCGGAGGCGCAGAGGUGCUGAAGGUGAGACUCGAAGGUGGGGCUGAAGACAAGGAUGUCAUCAAGGUAGACGACGACACAGACUUCGACGAGGUUGUGGAAGAUGUGGUUCAUGGUAGAUUGGAAGGUAGCGGGGGCAUUGAUGAACGCAAAGUCGGGAAUGACGGUGGUGGGGAGGUGGUGGCGGAGGGAGCGGACAUAUUGGAUGAAGCGGUCCUUGGGACCGGUCUGACGGAGGUGGCAGAAUUGUUCAAGGUAGUCAUCAAUGGUUUUCUAGGGGCGGAAGGUGGCAGUGAGAAGGUUGGCCCAUUGGAGGAAGGAGUGACGUGGUCCUCCGGAGGUUCGACGGUUGCUGACUUCAGCCAUCCACCAUUUGGCGGCAUUGUCGAGGAUGCGGGAGGUGGCAAUGGGGAGCCAGUGGGCAAGGGGCAUGUGGUAGAGGUGAAAAGAGUUAUGGAAUUCAUGGGCGAGGGUGUUGAAGCUGAGGUUAUCAAGGGUGGUGUCGUAGCAGGUGAAGUCGAGUUGGUUGUUGUCCUCAAGGAGGUAGUUGGGGGGGAGUUGUGGCAUUGCGGGGUAGACCCCGGAGGUGACUUGGGAAUAGGUGGGACGGAUGGUGGGGGUGGUGGAGGUCGUCAUGAUGGGUUGGGGAAUGGAGGUGGGGGGAGCGAAACGGUGGUGGAUGAUAAGGGGGGGGGAAGGGUUGAGGAGGAAGGGUUGGUGGAUAUGGUGGUAGAGGUGGUAGGGGUGGAGGAGGUCGGGAGGGGGGUGUUGCUGGAGGCGGCUGUGGAGGAGGGAGUGGUCUGCGCUGUGGAGGAGGGAGGUGCGGCCGUGGUGACAACCGUGAUGGACGGGUUGUUCCCUUCGAGCGUGGAUGAUAUGGUGGCCUUUAUGUUGUUGAGAGAGGCGGUCACGGAGGUUUGGAGGGUGUUGAGUGUGUGGAGGAUGGCGGAGAGGUUGGGGGUGGUGGUGUUUGGUGGUGGUUGUUCGCCCGCGAGGUUGCGGGCGAUGCUAUCGACUGAGUCGGUGCGGAUGUCAGACAUGUUGAUGGAGGAUGCGGCCAUGUCGGGGGAAGAGGGGGUGGAGGACGCGGCCUGAGCGGAUGUGGAGGAUGCAGCAGCAGCGGCGGCGGCGGCGGCGGCGACACGUUGGGAGUUCUUGAUUUGGCGUGGUGGCAUGUGAAGGUGGGGGGGGGCAAUUCCGUAUUUAUUUAUCAAUAAAUUCAAAAAUAAAGAUAAUUGCCAACAUUUUUUGUAAAGUAGGGAAUUUUAUUUAUUCGAAAUUAAGUAGGGUAGAACAAAAUUUUGAAGGAUCC